AGGGCCCGGAAGUGUCCAGGAACGGUCCUUGAUAGUAAUAUAAAUAUAAAAUGUUUGUCUAAUAAAAUUAUUUACUAAAAAUGAGAGCUUUACUCUACUAUCUGCUUUCGUUUUCAGUGGCAAAUGCUGAAAUUCAUCUGAUGCUCAAUACAGAGCAUAUUAAUGUACAGAUAGGGGAUAAACCAGAUUUACAAUGUUACACCGAGGAGAGCGCAAGUUUCCUAAUAAUGAAUCCCUUAACGUGGCAAAAAAUAGACAGGGAUGGUUCAAAGCUAAAAAUAUCAACGUUUGCAAAUGUUGAGACUCGGUUUGAGCAAGAGUAUGAUAUUGAAAUAGAUACUAAUGCAACAGGCCUUAUAUUUACACUUCAAUUUCUUCAAGGGAUAAAGGAAGAGCAUGAUGGAUUUUUCAGUUGUGCGAUUCACUCUCAAAAUGACCAGGUUUUAGCGGAAAAAUCAGUAGAAGUUUCUGUUAUUCUGGCCAUCACAAACCCGAUAACCAAUAAUCCUUUCAGUUCUACUGAAUCGUCAAUUGUUUCUGAGGGCCAAAACCUUUGUGAUUACACAGGCAUUAUUCAAUGCUUACCUAAUGCAGAUCCAAAUUUAUUGUCACUGUUCAUAAUACCGAGUUUCAAUGAUUCAGCUAAGAUUGAUCAAAUAUGCAGAUCUCUUGAAGAUAUAUAUAUUUGCACGAAAACAAAGUUAGAAUCCUGUUCGAGAGGUGCCCGUUUGAAGCGAGAUGUCAUGUUUUCUGGAGCCAGAUUUAUAUGUAAUACAGACAGAAGAGCAUUCCUCGAUAAUGUAGGAUGUUUACAAAAACUGACAACAGCAAACACUUUUUUACAAUGUUUGAAUGGUAUACGUGCAGAACUUGGAAACUAUUUUAUUGGAGUGAAAGACGUCUUCAGUGAAACGAAAGAAUUCUGCAGGUUAGCAACCAACUGGACUACUUGUUUUGUGGAGACAGCAAAAUCUAUAUGUGACCACCAAGGGCACACAUAUAUGUAUAAUUAUGUUAUGCAAAACUAUGCACCCGUGAACGAUACUUUACACUGUGAUCUCUUGUCAGAUACAGUACCCACUGGGAGCCACUGUUUAAGCUACCCUUGCUUCAAUGGAGGAACAUGCAUCCAGAAUCCAGAUGCAUACGAGUGUUUAUGUCCUAAUAAAAUCUUUGGAAGCCGAUGCGAGCUCGGUGUAGGCGGAUGCCCGGGGUACCCAUGCUAUAAUGGCGGGUCAUGUUUUGCUGAUGAAAGUGGACAAAGAUGUGAAUGUCCGCAAGACUUUCCUGGUCUUCAUUGCGAAGGUACAAUUAAAGACAUAACUACAGGAUCACCAUCUGAAGUAACAGCUUCGGAAACGACACCUGAGAUUACGACAUCAACACCUAGUUUGUGUGAAGAGGUAAAGGCUGAUGUAUGUCGUCAAUUUGGUAUUACAAAAACCACAUUUCCUAACUUUUUCUCCGGUUAUACACAAGAAGAAGCAUUAAGAGUUUUCAAUAAUCCCAUCUUUAAAAGGAAUAUGAAUUGUUCCGAUAAUGCCAUCUUAUUCUACUGUUCUUCGUUAUUUCCAAAGUGUGACAAUGGAAAGAGAGAGUUUCCGUGUAAAGAACUCUGUCUAGCUGUUUACAACGAAUGUGGAACGGUAUCAAUUCUGAAUGAUGUCGACGACUGCCGCUACUAUCCCAAUGAAGACUGUAUUUCCCCGUUACCAUCAAUGAAACAACCAUUAACAACACCAUCUUACACACAUACGUUUUCAAAUACAAUUAUAGACAGUACUACAGGAUCACCAUCUGAUGUAACAACACCGGCGGAAACGACACCAGAGAUACCGAAAUCAACGCCAAGACGGUGUGAAGAGGUACAGGCUGAUGUUUGUCGUCAAUUUGGUAUAACUAAGACGACAUUUCCGAACUUUUUCUCCCAGUACACACAAGAAGCUGCAUUAGACACAUUCAAUAAUUACAUCAUUAAGGAGAAUAUGAGUUGUUCCGAUAAUGCCACCCUAUUCUACUGUUCUUCGUUCUUUCCAAAGUGUGAAAAUGGAAAGAUAGAACUUCCAUGUAAAGAACUCUGUUUAGCUGUUUACAAUGAAUGUGGACCAUUAGCAGGCCUGGGUGAUGACUGCAACUAUUAUCCCAAUGAAGAUUGUAUUUCCUCAUUACCACCAUGGAUACAAUCAUCAACAACACCAUCUAACACAAUAACAUAUUCAAGACAGCAAACACAGCAACCAGCCGUUUGUAACACCGCGAUAGAUGAGUGUAUCUCAAAUGUCGGAGAAUCAUGGGUUCAAGAUUUAUUGAAAGGAAGAUUGUCGGUUAUUACGUCUUUAAAUAUUGAUCAUGUAUGCAGUGUACUGGAUCAAAUAUAUUUUUGUACUGAUUCCAAACUCCAAGACUGUAGUGAUGGUCUUAAACUUGUUUUGUCGACUGUCGUCACCUCUGCAAGAUAUAUCUGUAAUACAGGCAAGCAAGGAUUCACACAUAACAGGCACUGUUUUACGUAUCCAACAAUUCUAUCUGAUUUGCAACAGUGUACAUUGAAUCUAAUCCAGGAUUUCCCGAAUGUACAGAAUGUUUCUUUGGUCGAAAGUAGGGAUGAAAUAUGUGGGUUAUUUAGGACAUGGAGAUCCUGUAUGAUUGAGCCUAUAAAGAAAGAAUGUAAUCAAUAUGCAUUAAUAUACAUGCAGUCGUUUAUUGAUGAAUCGUUGAGAUCAGUUAUAGACAAUCUUCACUGUAAUGCAGGAUUUAUUUCAAAUCCUACAAUCAGUUCUCCUGUGACACAAUCUAUAACACAGGUACCAGGAAAAUGUGAUUUCAUGGGCGCUCUUCAAUGUUCUAAAACAGUAGGAACUGAAUCAAUCCAGAGAUUCGUUACUGCGAGUUUUACAAAUAUAACCGAUGUUGAAAGCUUUUGUGGGAGUCUUGAACGCGUUUAUUUGUGCAUAGGAACAAAGUUGGAUUAUUGUUCUAAAGAUAUCCGUCUACUGAGAGAUGUUGUUUUGAGCGGUUCAAGAUACCUCUGUAAUACAGAUAGAAAUGCACUACUGAACAGCAUCGGAUGUAUACAGAGAUUGGGAAUGGUUAAUGUUACUGCACACUGUACGAACAGAAUAGCAGAAGAGUUUACACCAUACAUCUUGGGAGAGAAAAGCGUCUUUAAUCACACCGUCGAAUUUUGCAGGCUAGGAACAAGCUGGACUACAUGCUUUUUGGCCAAAGCAGAAACUGUUUGCGACCAGAAAGGGUACUCAUAUAUGUAUAAUUAUAUGAGACAGACCUUCAUACCUUUAAACAAUGCACUUAAUUGUGAUCUUUUAUCUGGAAUUAUUGAAUCAACUGCAUCAGAACCUGAACUUGAACCGACGCCAGACACAACUACGGCAGAAACAAAACGACAAAACGACUGUCAGAGUUCACCAUGCUAUUUUGGGGGAACAUGCGUUCAGCAGCUUGAUGGAUAUUGCUGUAUUUGUCCAAGUAAUUUAUUCGGCAGAAGAUGUGGAAUGGGUAAUUUUGGAUGUCCAGAAUACCCUUGUUUUAAUGGAGGUACGUGCGUUACAAAUGAUGUCGGAAGUACCUGUCUAUGUUACCACGGAUAUACUGGAAAGCAUUGUCAAGAUCAAAGAACAACACCAAGUUUCCGCACUAGAAUUACAACCGCCACAACACCAGCAACUACUGAGUCAUAUUCAUCAACAACUGUUUCACAGUUCAAGAGUUGCCGAUACAUAGGUUCUUUUGGAAGACACAGGCAACGUAAAAACAUAUGGUGUACACGUAAAUGUAACAAUGGAUACUGUCCAUCCAAAUUAUGUAGAUGUUAUCCAUUGACAUGCCACUCAAUAGGAAUAUACGAAAACCAAAGAGGAUUCAAUGAAUGGUGUACCAACAACUGCAAACGAGGUUAUUGUCCAAAAUCAUUCUGCAAGUGCACAAGACAGAGUUUUGCUUGAUUGAAAUUGUUUACCUGUAUGAGCUACCAUUUCUAUUUAAACUUUCAUAUUUAUUUUGAAGUUGAUAGGGAGGGGUUUUUAAGGCCACUGAUGAUUACAACAUAUUUUUUUUUAACUUUUUCUAUUUCAAUAAGUACGUUUUACUUUCAUUCUGUACUUUUUUUUAACUUUUAGAUUGAAUAUUUUUUAUAUUUAUAUGUAAUAAAGUUUAAGCACUGCU